GACAAUGGGUGUUAUGAGGAGGCAAUGAAGCACCUUUUGGCAUCUCAAGUAGAUAUUACCUAUGUGCUUUUUUUGCAUCCAUCCAUUUUUCUUCCCCAAACAACUGCAGUUACAGAGCUUGAGAAGUUAAUGGACCUUUCUCUGGAUGAUUCACAACUCUCAAGAGGUUUAUCUGGUUUGUUGAAUGAUCUGGAAACCUUGCUUCUACAACUAUCACAAUCUGAUGAGAGUGCAGUAUUUGAGUUAAAGAGAAUAAGCCAUGAUACUCUCAUGGCUCUUAUUAAGUUCUUACAGAAAAUAAAAGCCUCGAUGUGGCACUGCGUAUUCUUGUGCUUGAGUUCUCGAUGCUCAUUCUUGAAAGCUGUCCAGCACAAACCAUUGAGCUUUUCUCGAAAAUCUGGAAAUAUUCCUGUAGACUUGGUCAACUCUUAUUGGAAGCAGCAUGCUCCAAACAUGCAGGGCACGUACUUGGAGCUUAUGCCUGCAAUGGAUGAAAAUGGGAUCUCAAGGAACCUUCAAAAUGAAAUGGUAAAGACUGUAUUUUUUAUUACGAAAGUAACUGCAAGUUGUUUUCAAACCACUGGGAGUUCUCGUAGUUGCCACUUGUGUUGGUGAUAGUGCCGCUCAUGUUACAAGCAAUAACUAUUGUAAAUACAAAUCCAUCUCUCAGAAGUACUUGAAUGGUAUUCAGAACUAAUUGCUCAACAGAUAUGGGAUAAGAAGGCUUAUUCUCCAACUAGGAAGAAAUUAUUGUUUGCAUUGGAAAGCAUCUCAGGAUACAAUCUAGAUGCUCUAUUGAGAGCUCUUCCUACAGAUGCUCUAUUUGAAGAGCAUGCAAUUUUGUUGGGAAAAAUGAACCAAAAUGAGUUUGCGCUAUCACUAUAUGUUCACAAGGUAGUUUCUGACAAAGUCGUCCAGUUUCUUUCUCUUAAGAAUGAUGGUCAAUAGAAGAAGCUAAAAGAUGUUGAGCCUUUAGUGAGUAGAAAAAGCUGUUCUAUUAUCGUGAUUGGUUUAUGAGUCUGCCGUUCAUCAACCACCGUUAAAAUCUUCUGGCAAUAUAUACCUCACUCUUUUGCAAAACUAGUUGAAUCUUCAAAAAAAACAACCAAGAACU